ACUCGCUUACCACGCACUGUCAAAGAUAUGGCGUGAUUUGUUUUGCCAUUCUACGAGUAUCACCGUUGCGGCACAGGGGUUUCGUUUGAAAAUCUAUGCCGAUCGUCGGCGGUUGUAGUUUCCAUUUGUUUCAGUUGUCAGCAUCUUUAUAGUUUGUACUACGAGAACAAUAAAUGCCUUGAGGCAGAGUCUGCCACUGCUUACCUUACCCAUCUUUCGAUUACUGAGAUUUUCUGAAGUUCUUGAUCUUAUCUCGGCUGUGCGGAGCGAGAACGAUGUGUAGAACGUUGUAACCAGCCUGCACUGCUUUUUCGAUACUUACCUGCUCCAUAUGCGAUACAUUAUUGAUCCGAUCAACAAUAUAUCCUAUUCUUAUUGAGAGCCCUUGAUAUCACAAUGCCUGUUCCUAAUGUGCCUAGUUACCGUAGCAGGACAUACCAGACACCAUCCUCACUAAAUGGCUCCUCACUUAGCUCAUCCAACAGUUCAUCCCCAUCCGCACCGUUUGUUAACUUUCGUAGUUUCAGUCACGCGGGAUCCCCGGCACCUGUCAGCAGUCCCAGCCAGUACUCGACAAUUGUCCAUUCCACGAUGGUAGCGCCCGUUAGUCUGCCCGCCAGUGUGGCCAGCAGCAGCAGCAGUCAUAGUAGUGCCAGCAGCAGUUUGCAUCCUGUGGUCGUCGCGCAUCCCGGAUUGUCAGCGGUCCCGGGGAAGUAUAACGGCUACGCUGAUCUGCCCAAUCAAGUCAGCCGUCGGAGUGUGCGCAAGGGAUUUGCGCUCAACGUUAUUGUCGUGGGAGAAACUGGCACGGGCAAGUCGACAUUCAUCAAUUCGCUCUUCUCCGCUGACAUCUACGAUGGCAAAGAAUCUCCGGGAAUCUCAUACCGUAUUGGAAAAACGAUCCAGGUGGAAAAGACUAGAGUGUCGUUAGUGGAAAAGGGCGUUAAAGUUCGUUUGACCAUCGUGGAUGUGCCGGGAUUUGGCCAUUUUGUGGAUAACACUAACGCAUGGGAUUCGGUUGUGUCAUACAUUGACCGUCGCUAUCACGAGUAUCUGGAGCGGGAAAUGUCAGUUAAACGCAAUCUGGACGAACAUCUGGAUGAUCGAGUGCAUUGUUGUCUGUAUUUCAUCGCACCGAACGGCCACGGAAUGCGUCCGCUGGAUAUUCUGGCCAUGAAAGCAUUGGGGACAAAAGUCAAUGUCAUUCCCGUCAUCGGUCGUGCUGACACGUUAACUGUGGACGAGCGGAAAGAGUUCAAAGAGAAAAUCCGACGUGAAUUAAAAGAGCACGACAUCAAACUGUACGAUUUUCCGGAAAACAGUGAUGGGGAAGGCGAUGACGAGGACGAUGGGAAACUGAACGGGAAAAAAGAGAAUUUUCGCUCGAUGUUGCCCUUCGCCGUCAUUGGUAGUAACACCUAUGUGGACACAAAAGAUGGACGUAAGGUGCGUGGUCGGAAAUAUCCGUGGGGCACCGUGGAGAUCGACAAUCCAGAGCACAGUGAUUUCACACUCUUGCGAAAACUGUUGCUACGAAUUUACUUAAGCGAUCUGAUGGACGUGACGAAUGAUGUCCAUUACGAGAACUAUCGGUGUGAAUACUUUAACCGCGCGAAUUCGUCGAAUGGUGACAGUGUCCUGGGGCCCAGUCGAGGAACAUCGGUGGAUGGGGGUAUGUCGACACCUCUGCGCAGUUCCAUCGGAAAAGGUUCUCAUCGCAGUCCACUGACGCAGCUCGAACUGGAGCAGAAGGAGAACGAUGCCAAGAUUAUGAAAAUGAAGAGCGAUAUGCAGGCGAUCUUUGAUCAGAAAGUGAAGGAGAAGGAACUGAAGCUUGCCGAUUCGGAGAAGGACUUGGAGAAAAAAUUCCAGAACUGGGAACGCGAUGUCGAUGCGCAGCGGAAGCGUUUGGAGCAGGACAAAACGGAUUAUGAACUGCAGAAGAAACAGUUCGGUGACGCCUACCCACAACUGUAUCCGAUUCUGCAGGAUGCGCUGAUGCAGGCGGCGGCCAGUGACACUGCCAGUUCGGGAGGGAGUCCGGGAGGAAAUGCUCCGGCCAGCACGAUUCUGAAAAAGCCGGCGAAAACCAAGAAGAGUUUCCUCGAUAAAGGCUUUUUGUAGUAAGGAGCAACGAACCGAGCGGGAUUUGGAAAUUUGUGACUAUGAAAUUUCUACAGGAUUCCUUUUUUUUGUUUAAUUUUUACAUGUAUGUGAAUUAUUAUUUUUUCGUUCUUCAUUUUUGUUGCUCAUAGGUAGACACUAGGAAAUAUAGUGUAGCAAUAACAGUGCAUGGUAUAUUAUAUUAGCAUAUUUUUUUCUCUCUAGCACUUUGGCCAACAAUCUGACCAAACUUAACAGAAUCUAUUAUGGAACAAACACAAGAACGCUUUCGCCGGCUGGUUUUUGCAGUUUCUAUUAUGCAGAAGACUAAUUUUUACGGAUGGAAUCUCUUUGCUACCGAAAUAACAAUCGUA